AUGCCGGCCUUCUCCACUGUGCCGCCGGCACUCUCCAGUCAAGCAGUGCCCGUCUCAUCAGUCUCACCCGCUUCGUCACUCCCAACAGCCGCACCAACAUCCGCACCAACAUCAUCCUUCCUCGAAUCCCUGUCACAACCCUCGCUGUCACCAUCCUCGCAAAUAUCCGCCUCUUCAUUCCCCCCACAGCCCCUCCACCACGUCGUCGUCGCCCUCCGCGGCAACGUCACCACCCAUCCGACGCCGAGCUCGUCCACCACGCCGACGCUCAUCUCUUCCGACUCCAAGGCCCACGCGGGUGCCUCGUCCAACAAAUGGCUGCCUGGUGUCAUCGUGGCCGCUGUCGUCGCCGUCGUUGCUGCUGCGGCCUUGGCCACGUGGCUGACGUUCCGCCGCCGCCGCCGCCAGCGCUACGAGCAGGCCCGGCAGCACGACCCUCAGCUCACCCCGGACCAGUUCCGCCGCCGCAGCCACAUGAGCGAGGCCGCCCUGAUGGCUGAGGCCGAGCGCGAGCGCCGCCACAUGAUCCGCAAGUCGCUUCUGAGCCGGAGUUCGGCGAGCCUGAGCUACCUGGGGGCGGCGGGCGAAGUCGCGGGCGAAGUCGCCGGGGACCAGGGCGCGCAGGACGACAUGGAGGACGGCUACCGCGGCGUGCCCCUCUACCAGCGUCAGCCCGUGCCGAGGCCGCCGUUGCAGCCACAGACGCAGACACAGCCCCAGACGCAGCCGUCUGCCGGCCAGUGGGACCUCGCCCACCACGACAAUCUGACCCCACUGGACACGCUGGCACCCCUGGCCACCGCAUCCCUCAUCCCGGCGCCGCUCAACGUGUCGCCGCCUGUCUCCGCCGCCGCCGCUCCGCCGGCCCGCCGCGACGACGACACGGAAUGGACCGCCGCCCUGCGCCGCUACCACCCGCACCUCACGCUCGACAACGUCGUCGAAGAGUCGGAGAGCGCGUUGGACCAACCGUUGGACCAGCCGUUGGCGGGUGAUGUUGGCGUGGACAGCGACCGCCCGGCCAGCCCGCCCGUCCCGCCGCGCUCGUGGCUGCGGCCCCUGUCCGUGGUGCGCCCCGAUGCCACCGCGGGCGUCGUCAACCUUGCGCCGGCCGGCCCGCUUCGUCAAGACAGCACAGCGAGCCAGGCCAACGGCUUCACGGCGCGGCAGGUCCACGCCGACCCGCGCAACGCGCUGGCGCACCCCAGCGACGCCGCGACGACGAGUCCGACGUCGCUGUACUCGGUGGACUUUUCGCAGGGCGGCGUGGGCGGCAGCGGGCGGCGGAGGAGUGCAGGGCGGUAG